UUAGCUGUUGUAGACUGCCUUUGUUUCCAGACAACCUGUGCAAAACCGCAGGGCGGUUUUUAUUUAUUUAUUGGUUAUCGACGCCUGAAAUUCGAAGGCGGGUUUCAUUUUCUCAGUAAACAAACACUUUGUUGGAACCAAAUGUGAAAAGGGUCUGACACAACAGUCUAAGUUGCAGUGUUAAAAGAGUAGUUGAAGCGUGGAAGUUACAGUCACAGAUGCUAAUGCGAGUGUCUGACUUGUAGAAUAUCGUUGUUAGCGGUGCUUGCGGUUUUAAGAAUGGAAGCAAGAGAAGGCAUGAACACGGGGGUUACUGUAAUAGGAGCAGAAGCUCCGUCAGCUUAUCAUGUAGCUCCGAGGACUGAAACUCCGAGCCAGAACCAGGCUGCUGGGUCCCCAUCAUUGACUGCGGCUUCACCUGUGAGCGUGGGAUUGGCCGGAACAACGGGAAAGAAAAAGAGAGGUAGACCAAGGAAGUAUGGACCGGAUGGGACGGUCACUAUGGCGUUGUCACCGAUGCCAAUUUCAUCUUCUGCUCCACCUGGAGGCGACUUCUCAGCCACGAAACGUGGGAAAGUGCGACCGAGUGGUUUGGAGUACAAGCAGCAUAAGAAAGUGGGAAUGCAAAAUUUUGGAGAGUGGAAUGCAUGUUCCGUUGGUACAAAUUUUUUGCCCCAUAUCAUCACUGUCAAUGCUGGGGAGGAUGUCACAAUGAAGGUUAUAUCAUUUUCUCAGCAAGGACCUCGAGCUAUUUGCAUCUUAUCUGCUAAUGGAGUAAUUUCAAAUGUUACACUUCGCCAGCCUGAUUCUUCUGGGGGUACUUUAACAUAUGAGGUGUCGCACUUAGGCUCCGUUUGGGGUCGUUUUGAGAUACUUUCUUUGUCUGGAUCUUUCAUUCCUACUGAGACUCAGGGAACAAGGAGCAGGUCAGGUGGGAUGAGUGUCUCUUUGGCAGGCCCCGAUGGCCGUGUUGUUGGGGGAGGGGUUGCUGGACUUCUGGUUGCUGCUAGUCCAGUGCAGGUCGUAGUUGGUAGUUUUCUACCUAGCAGCAAUCAGCAUGAGCAGAAACCAAAGAAGCUGAAGAAUGAGUCCAUCCCUGCUAUUGUAACACCAGCUACUACCGUUGCUGCUAUGGUACCUACUUUUAAUGCUGAAAAUGAUGAAGGCCUGAGAGGAAAUGGACAGCAAAAUUCUAGCACCCCAAGACCAAACCUUGGCUUCCAAAGAGAAAACUGGCCGAUCAUGCAUACCGUGCAGGACUAUAGAAACUCUGGAACUGAUAUCAAUAUAUCCUUACCUGGAGGUUAACCCGAUAAGCUGCAAUCAAGUAUUAUCUUCAAAGUUCUUGCUGACUCUAUUGUUCCUUGAUCUUGGUUUUUUUAAAAGUACUAAAGUCUUAACUUCAAAUAGGUAGAUCAGUCUUUGAAAGUUAUUGAUUGUUGCAACAGUUUCUGAACUUCCAACUAGGUUCAUACGUUUCUGAUCAGGUAGGACAGCUGAUUUUUAGGCUAAUUAUGUAGGGUGUGAUGAGCAGGUUCUUUUUAUGUAAUUGCAACUGGUUUCCCUAUAUCUUAACUAAAUUUAUCAGUGAUGUGUUAAAGAUUCAACUAUU